ACGCAACUGGCUCCCUCGAGAGUAGUAUCUGCACAAGCCCAGUGAGAUGGACCAUCAAUCCGAAGCCAUUCCCGAAGGCUGGACCAAUGACCCACACCACCUCGAGCUCUAUUUCGACCACAACAGCUUGGAAGCCUACCGGUCCCGAUGCUUCGGCAUCGUGGACGCUAAGAUUGUUCUGUUAGGCGGGCGUUACUACUGGGGAGAUUUCAUGCUUGAAGAUCAUUUGUCUGAAAUCACCUGGCCUACCACCUUCGCGGGAAUUCUGAAUGCACUCGCAACCAAGGGCUUCAGCGGAAUGCGCUUGAAGGCACUCAAGAUGCUCAAAAUCGACGAAAAACCUCCCAACAAGGUGCCACCAGAGCACGAAGCAAACCGGGUCCUAUUUGUCCCCGCGGAGGAUGUUCCAGAAUCAAGUCGCACAACCUAA